UCGCUUGAAAGGCGAAACAUACGACAUUGCCAACAAUCCGACCGACAAUCCAACAGUCCGCCGUCGAUUCCCGAGCACCGCGCACCGCCGACCGCGAGAUUUCGAAUUAAACAUUUUUGAACGUUACGUCAGUCGGUCGAGUUGUCGUUGUUGGUGUUGUCGCUGCCGUUGUUGCCGUUGCAGCAGCAACAAAAAUAUUUUUGGCGCCGUUUUAUUUGUGCGCGGUUGUGUGUCGCGUUUUGAAAUCGUUGCAAACAAGGAGCUAGUUCAGUAAGAGCGUUUUGAAAUCACCUGCCAGGAGUCGGGAGUUUUUCGAAAUCAACAACCUUUCCGCGAAAAAGAAAGAAACGAAAAGGCUGUGAGAAACAUUCAAAGAACCCACGAAUAUGACAACCUCAACGCGCAGCAGUAGCAACACAAAUAGCAACAACAACCGCAACAACGAUCGCGAGGAGCGAACCGCCGGCAGCAGCACCACCUACAACCACCACAGUCCCACAGGAUCAGGAACAGGAACAGGAUCCGGAACCGCAGCAGCCUCCAUUGGAUCCACGAACCGAGUGAUGCAGGCGGACGAGGACUUCAACAUCCGCUUUGUCAACCUGGUGCGCACCCACAAAUGUCUCUACGACAAGAAGGUGCCGGAGUACCGCAACAGGGACAACCAAGAAAAAGCCUGGGUGCUUAUUUCCAAGGAAACGCGUGAGAGUGUGAUCCACUGCAAGGAGCGAUGGCGAAACCUGCGCGCCUGCCUCUCCCGCUACAUAAAACAGCAGUCCGGAUCGGAACCGCAGCACAAACCCUACUACCUGACCGAGCACAUGGCCUUCCUGCUGCCCUUCCUGAAGUCCAGUCGCAACUCGCUGGAGGGCAACAGCAGCCUGGCCACUUUGUACCAGAUGUCCCAGCAGCACCUGCACCACCACCAGCCGCACCUCAUCCACCCGGCCAUCCAUCCGCACGAGGAACACAUCUACUGCGCCACCGCCAACUUGAGUAGUAACAACAACAACAACAAUAACAUCAGUAAUAGUGAUGAGAACAUGGACGAGGCGCUGGAGAUGAAGUACUCGAUAUCGGAGAAAGACGACGAGGAGACCAUCGAUGCUUUCGAUCCUGCGGUGACCAAUUCCUUGGGCCUGAAGCCUGUGCCGUCCACGCCCACUCACAGCACCGCCCAUCAGAGGAGUGGAGGUGGUUCGCCAACCAGGAGCGACACCGCCAGUGCGGACAGCAUGAAGAACUUCAUUCCGGAUGUCCAGCUGGCCGAGACUGGUUCCCAACUCAUGUACAAUGAUAGCGGGCGUGGCACACCACCACCUCUGCAUUACCACCCGCACUCGCAUCCACAUCCUUUGUCCUUGGCAAUGGAACACCACCCGUCGUCCUUUGAACCAGGAAGCAAAAGGAUUAAAACAGAGUGUGAGGCCACCAGCACGAUGACAACAGCGGGAAGUUUCUACGGCGGUCUGAGUUCCUCUGAAGUGGCGGAUAUGGAGUUCUUCCGCAGCAUCCUUCCCGAUCUGGCGGCUCUCACUCCUCAGCAGCGUCGCAAAUUCAAGAUUGGUAUCCUGGAGCUGAUCGACGAUGUCGUAACCCGUUAUCCUGCUCAGGAUCAGUGCAACGGAGGAGGAGGAGUAGCCAGUGUGGUAAACGGCAGCGGGGGAAGCAGCAAUGGUGGCUCCGUAAAGCAUCAGAGACGCAGUUCUGGACGGGAUUGGCGGAAGCAGUGAAGGAACGGAAAGUCACUAACCCUUAACUAGAUAUAUGAUACGUUUAGUUAGUUACCUAAGGUGGGACUAAGUUGGAGUGGGUGCCAUUAGUAAUCGGUAACUUCACUUCGCUCACUGUUCAUGUGUUGUGUGCGCUCAAUAAGAUGAGUAAGUCUAUAAAGGCAUCAAAUGGUUUUACAUUCGAUUCAUGUUCGAUUUUAAAAAUUGAAUAAUCUUUAAAACUGUUAAAUAAACAAAUAUGUCUAUAAUUUUAAACUAAAAAUAAAACAUUCAAUAAAUACUUGCACUUCAUUUUAAAAAUCUUUAAAUUUAUGUUGUCUCUUUAAAGAAAUCGAACACAUUUUAACGAAUGUGAAAUCAUAGGAUUCCUGAUAAGCCAUUUAACACUUUAUAUUAAACAGACAAGAAAUAUAUUAGAACGCAAGUUGUAAUUGAUAAUUUGAUAACAGAUUUUCAAUUGCAAACUGUGUUUUCCCAAGUUUCUUGUCAUUUUCGUAUAGAGCGUAAAGUAAAUUUAAGAAAUGUGUAAAUAUGCAACUGCUAAAGCUAAAGCUAUAGAAUUGAUGUACAAAGCUGUUUCCGAUUAAGUCAAGCAAAGAGAGUUAAAGAAUAAGAUGUGUAUCAAACUGCUGUGUAAAAUAAUAAACAAGUGAGAGUAUGGAAAAUUA